AUGAACGCCACGCUCGCCAGCCCGCUGUUGCCCAAUCUGCCCCAGACGCAGGCCCCAACCACAGUUGUCGUUCAGCUAUCGGCUGAGGACCGCUAUAUAGAGCCCAAGAUCGAUGUGUUGGGCUGGGUGAUGACCAUACUGUCUGGUACUGUGGUGGGUCUACGGAUAUACAACAAAUUCAGGAGACGCAUGCGGCUCUGGUGGGAUGACUACAUCGUCAUUGUUGCUUGGAUCCUAUUCCUCGCGUUCACUAUAGUGACGGUACUCGAAGCGCGCAAUGGAUUGGGCAGGCACGUCACAAAUCUCACCCCUCAGACGAUCCGCGAGUUCGCCCUUCUGGCCACGAUUGCUUCGACGAUCAAUAUCGCGGUUACUGCGGUGGCUAGGAUAGGGUUCGCAGUUUCAUUGCUCCGAAUUGCGGAUGGUUGGCCACGUCUCUUCACUUGGUUCGUCAUCUUUGCUUCGAACAUUGUGUCCGGCCUGUCGGGACUUUUCCUCUGGGUCCAAUGCACGCCUAUUAGGAAAAAUUGGGACACUCUUCCUUAUGGUUAUUGUUGGUCUCCGCGGGUGCGAGUGGCGAUACCGAUCAUGAACACUGCUGUCGGUGGAAUUCUCGAUUUGUUCAUUUCUCUGGUGGGGCUGUACGUCGUCCGAAAAACUACUUCGAAACAGAGGGACUGGGUGGGAGCUUUGGUGCUUACAGCACUCGGGGUUUUGUAA